GAAUCCGCGGAUGCCAAACCAAGAUAGGUACCUGUGGCUUGUGUUUGUUGACAAAUGUAGCAUUAGCUCUACAAAGGUAAGAGUCUUCUUAAAAAUGCAAUGCAAAAAAAAAAAAAAAAAUCAAAUUUUUUGUCCUGUUUGCAGCAGUUUAUAUACGGGUAUUACACACGUACAUGUACGGACACAAAUAACCUAUGUUGUGGAAACAAAAGCGGAAAGUGGCGAGCUAGUUAGCAGGUUAGCUCAUCAGGGUUCAGUCACACAGCAGUACACCAUGAAGUGAGUUUAUAGACUAUCAUAGUCUUCUACACUGAACAAAAAUAUAAACGCAACACUUUUGGUUUUGCUCCCAUUUUUCUUGAGCUAAAUUAAAAGAUCUAAGACUUUUCCUUUGUACACAAAAGACCUAUUCCUCUCAAAUAUUUGAGAUAAAUAAAUGUGUUGACAAAUUUGUCUAAAUCUGUUUUAGUGAGCACUUCUCCUUUGCUGAGAUAAUCCAUCCACCUCACAGGUGUGGCAUAUCAAGAUGAUCAGACAGCAUGAUUAUUGCACAGAUGUAUCUUAGACUGACCACAAUAAAAGGUCACUCUAAAAGGUGCAGUUUUAUCACACAGCACAAUGUCACAAGUUUUGAGGGAGCGUGCGAUUGGCAUGCUGACUUGGCAUGUUAUUUAACAGAACAGAAUAUGUUAUCUGAAUUUUUCAAUCCCUAAAUUAUUUUUUUCUGAAUCAAUACAACAGACAGGGUUUUAAAGAUUUUGUGCUUGUGCACUUAAGGUUAAAAAACAUAAAGCAAUGAAUAAAAUAUUUGUCGAUUCUUGGUAUUUCAAAGUGUGCAAACUCCCCAACUGAAACUUGUACUUAACAUGAAAGGUUUAUUAAAUGCAAAUUCAUUUCUACCUGCAGCAUGGCGGUCUCUAUAGCCAUCUUAGACUGUGAUCUCCUCCUGCACGGUCGAGGCCAUAAAACCCUGGACCGGUUUGACCUGGAAUCUGUCUCAGAUCAUUUCCUCCUCUCACAGUUUGGCUUCCCCAGACACUUUAUCCUCUACCUGGUGGAGCUGCUCAGAGAGGUGAUCAGCAGUUUUAAAUAAUCUUGCGCGAAAACCUGCAGAUUCAUCGCAAAUGUAACUCUAUGGUUGUGUUUGUGUUUGAGGCUCUGUGCAGACGAACGCAGCGCUCCAGAGCCAUCAGUCCUGAGGUGCAGGUGUUGGCUGCUUUGGGUUUCUACACAUCUGGAUCUUUCCAGACAUCCAUGGGCGACACUAUCGGGAUCAGCCAGGCGUCCAUGUCCAGAUGUGUGUCCAAUGUGACCAGAGCUCUGGUGGAGAAAGCCCCGCAGUUCAUCACAUUUAACAGGCAUGAUAUGAUGAGAAUAUCUGGACUUAUAUCUAGCACUUUUUAAACCUCUGGAUCCAUCAGCAAGUUGAAGUUUUAGUUUAUCCAAACCUCACUGGUGAUUUUAAAAAAGAUAAUAGACAUUUUCAGCAGUGACUCUAAAUUCUACAGAGGAAAAUGCAUAAAAGGUCAAAGUAAUGAAGUUUAUUUAAUUCAGUUUCUUAUGUAGAGUUUAUUUCCUAGGAAUAACUUGUUUUCUGCAGAAAGAAGAAUAUAGUAAAUAAAAGCAGUUAUCGUCUCGUUUUCUGAGCAGAGACCAGUCCAGCAGGGACCAGGCCUUUCAGGAGUUUCAGAGGGUGGCUGGAUUUCCAGGUGUUCUGGGGGUUCUGGACUGUGUUCAGGUAGAUUAGCGUCUCUUAACACUUUUAAACGCCCUGUUUGUGUUUAAAAUCCUCACCUGCGUUUCCUCCUGUUCUCCAGGUGACCAUCAAAGCUCCAAACAGUGAGGACUUCUCCUACGUGAACAAGAAGGGCUUUCACUCCGUGGGCUGUCAGCUGGUGUGUAACGCUCGAGGUCUCUUACUCAGUGCAGAGACCUGGCCGGGUGGACUCAAAGACGCAGAGAUUCUGGAAAGAUCUGCUCUCUUCAAACAGCUGCAGGACAUCCAGGAGGGCUGGCUGCUGGGUAAGCCUUUUAAUGCCAGACAGGAUAAGUGAAACUGCAGAGUCCAGAAAGGCUAAAAGUCUGAUUCCUGUGUCAUAGGUGACCGUCGUUACCCUCUAAGGAAGUGGCUGAUGACCCCGGUGGAAAACCCAGAAUCCCCUGCAGAGUUAGGGUUUAAUCUAGCUCACACUGCGACUCAUGAGAUUGUGGACCGAACUUUCAGAGCCAUCCAGACCAGGUUCAGGUGUUUGGAUGGCACCAAAGGAUAUCUACAGGUGCUUAUGUCCACUGUUUUCCAUGUUGAGGAGUUUCUCUUUAAAGCCACCAGACAUCAUUGACAAAAUGAGUCAUUGAUACAGAAGCUGCUGCCUGUCGUAUGUAUUUUAGUGUUUUGGUUUACCUGUAUUGGUUAUUUCUGCGGGAGAUUAUAUUAGUUACAGUUACUGUUCAAUACAGUAUCUGUAGGAAAUACAAUUAUGUGAUACAAACAUAGACUGUAUAUAGAAUGGACAGAGUCUGCCUCCUCGCUGGGUGAAGCCACUCCGAGAACAGCACCCUCUGUUGAUGGGCUGCAGUAUAGGUCAUAAAUCCCGCCUCCGCCAGCAAAGUUUAUGGAGCUGUGAAGUCAUUUAGACCUUCUCAUUGAGCUAACUCUCUGUCCCUCCUCUGUAGUAUUCUCCAGACAAGAGCUCGGCCAUCUUGAUCGCCUGCUGUGUCCUCCACAACGCCUCCCUUCAGUCCGGAUUGGACGCCUGGACCCUGGAGAGGACAGACCCUCUGGAGCAGCCUGAGAUCCUCGAACAGAGACCUGAAGACCGGGACAACCAGGCUGAGGACCUACGGAAACAGCUUAUACUCAAACACUUCAGCUGAUCAGCCGGAUCAGAUAUCAACAGACUCAAAACAAACUUGAACUUGAAAUAAAAGACACAAAAAAGGCCCCACAGGAGACAGUGAUGCUGAUGCAGUUUUUUAAUAUUUUGCUGGUUUCUACUCUACGGACUAAACUACGAUAACAUAGUUAUAUAUGGAGGAACAUGCAAGACGCUAUACAACAAACCCAGACAACACUGGAGCGUGACACGUUUUGAAGAACUCCCUGGAAAGAGCUCAGUUAUUCUCAUGAAAAGGUCAGAAUAAAGAAGCAGCUACUCGAGUUGUACAGACAUUCAAACUGUGUUCAGCUGCUGUGUUAUCAACGUUUCUUUACAAGUGGAAAAAGUCACCCUCCCUCAGUUUCGAUCCUCACCGUUUCCCACCCAAGAUUUGUCUUUAUUCUCCCCUUUCCCACAUAAAUCCACAGGUUUAAAUCUUGGACAGAGUCACAAUACAAAAACAAAAGGCCCUUAUUUACAACAACUGCACAGUUCGUUGUCUUUACUUAUGUACACUGGUGAAUUAAGACUGUUUAGGGGGGAUUAAGGUCGUGUCAAACCUGGGCUCUUUAUGGGGAUCUGAAUGAGUCAAAAUAUUUAGAGGCACUCUAUUAGAUGACCGUGAAACAGGCUGCAACAUACAGGACGAAAAAAACAGUCAACCUGGAACAAAGCCUUGCAGUUGCAUUUUGGCGACCAUCCAGCUCUCCAUGUGUUAAAAAUAUCUACGGCUGCAGCACCUGUCUGACAGGUCUCUGAAUAUUUCUCUGUUGUACGAGUAAGAAAAUGUCGACACGUGUUUUGCAUGUCUGAAACUUUGUGUUGCUGCCAAUCCUGCCUCGGACGUUCUUUGAAAUGAGAUUUUAAAUCUCAGCGAGGUCUUCCUUGUUUAACCAAACUUGAAUAAAAAUAAAGAGAUAUUAAAAAUGUGCUUUCCCCUUUCUUAAAAAAAGUAAAAAUCAUAUUUAAACUCUUAAGUGAAGG